UUGGUUGAUUUAUCAUCUUCCUUAGCUUCUCUCUCCACACAUUAUUGGUCUAACUAUUCCUGGAUGGUGUUGUUUUCCCAGUACCAAAAUACCCUAGCUAAUUACUUCUUUUUUCCCUUUACUUUUUCUCUUCCUAUUGUAACACAACUUUUUUGCUUCUAAAAAUCUCUCUUCACUUUAUUGAGCUCCAAGUUUCAGAUCUCCAUUAUUUCUACCUUCUUGGAAAAUUUCAGGGAGAGAAGAAAGAUGGUGAGACAAAAAAUCCAGAUCAAGAAGAUAGAUAACUUGACAGCAAGGCAAGUGACAUUUUCAAAGAGAAGAAGAGGACUUUUCAAGAAAGCUCAAGAGCUUUCAACUCUUUGUGAUGCUGAUAUUGGACUCAUUGUUUUCUCUGCUACUGGAAAACUUUUUGAGUAUUCAAGCUCCAGUAUGAUGCAACUGAUUGAGAAGCACAAGAUGCAGUCAGAAAGGGAUAAUAAUACUCCAGAACAACUACAAUCUUCUAACCUUCAGGGUGACAAGUUUAUGAGAGAGAUCAGUUCCCUCAAGAGAAAGGAAGCUCAACUGCAGGAAGAGAAUUCACUGUUGAAACAGCAAUCACAAGCAAGAUUGAAUGAAGAAGGUCAAAAUGCGAUUGAGCAAGGACAUUCUGCAGAUUCCAUCACCAACAAUCGCAGCCUAGUCAAUAGUAGUCAUCAGGACUGCAAUGACUCUGAUACUAGCCUCAAGUUAGGCUUGGCUUUUCCUUAUUGAGCUCGAUCUGAAAAAUGGAGAUACAUAUAAGUUACUGAAACAAGAACGAGUAAUUUUCUGUAUUUGUUAUGCAUCAUAUAGUGAAAUGUAUAAAUUGAUUAGGCUGAUUGACCAUGCUCGAAAAGUCUUUGGGACCAUCAAUUUCUCAAAAAUCGAGGGGUCUAUCAGUCUAAUCAGAGAGUAAUUAAUGUUGUAUCUAGCUAGGAACUAUAGUAUUUCAGAUGAUAUCUAUUCAAUCAAAUGUACCAUUUUAAUUUUCGCGGUCA